UGUUUACCAUCUGAGCUCAGAACUGGAGCUGCACGUACUCGAACCACAGCCGAAGGAGGAAGUUCGCGGUCGAAAAUAGACAUUUAUUUGCCUGUUUUUACAAUUACGUUAAUAAAAGCAUUCGCAACAGCUGUAGAAACUCUCUGUAUCCCUAUUCCGAUUCUCAGGAGCAGGUUAGUGGCGUUUAAGGCGCGAUUUUUCGUGUUGUUUUGAACAAAGGAACAUGCCAUAGACAUUGGCCAGGCCUGUUGAGUUCAGAUCUCAUGCAAAAACUUCACGAUGAAAACUGAGGUUUCUACUGCUGCUAACUUUGUCACACGUCUGUUGAGGGGAACGGGACUGCUUUCAGAAGAACAGCUGCAACAAUUCAGAUUCUCUUUGGAAGAAGCUUUAGGGGAUCAUUAUCGGCACCAUUGGUUCCCAAACGCACCUUGCCGAGGUUCGGGUUACAGGUGCAUCCGGAUCAACCACAAGAUGGACCCUCUGAUAGGCAAAGCAGCCUGUACGAUUGGACUCACAAAAGAGCGACUCUUUUCACUGCUACCAAGUGAACUCACCAUGUGGGUCGACCCAUAUGAAGUGUCCUACCGGAUCGGAGAGGACGGGUCCAUAUGCGUCCUCUACGAGUCCGCACCUCCGUCCGACACAAAUCAGACGGACAGCUGCAAAGACGAACUGAGAAUCGGACAGCCGAGUCCGUCCAAAUCCUUCGGCAUGAUGACUUGCUCCAGCUGAAGAAUGAUGCUGUCUAAUGAGCUGCUUUGAGUAAAUCAGACAUUGCUCACAUUUGAUUUCUUUUUAAAUCUUGUUUUGUUUUGUUUUUUUAGACAGAUUUUUUUAAAUCAAUGGUGAAAUCUUCAUCCUAUUGACCUCAUGGUGAAAACAGAUGUAUUUUGAUUAAAUGUAAGUUUUAAGCUCCCUGUACAGUCAUGUUGAAUAUGUUUUUUUUAAAUUUCUAUUAAAAGGUUUUCUAUGAAUUUCUAUAAAAA